AUGCCAAGCAUAUUUUCCUACCAGAGUGCUGAGGUGGAUUGGUGUGAGGGCAACUUCGAGCGCUCAGCUGUGAUUGCAGAGUACUACAACACCAUCAGCAAUGUGAGCUUCUUUGUGCUCUCUCCUGCCCUGCUCUACCUGAACCGGCAGUACUGUCAGCACCGUGCCAUGCCCUUGUACUUCAUCUCGGGCCUCCUCAUCCUCGUAGGCAUCUUCUCCACAUACUUUCAUAUGACCCUGAGCUAUGUGGGACAACUCCUGGAUGAGCUCUCCAUCCUCUGGACGCUGGCUGUGGCAUAUUCCUUCUGGUACCCCCAGGUUUACUUCCCCAAGUUCAUCAAGACCAGGAGGCAUUUCUACUGGCUGACUGGGAUCACCACCGUGAUCAGCACCUUGAUGUCUUUCGUCAAACCCACCCUCAAUGCCUAUGCGCUCAACUGCAUCGCCUUCCACCUGCUGUACCUGACCUGGCGUGAGCUCAAAAAGUGCAACGACAAACGGGUUCACCGGAUGGCCGCGGUCAUGGUGAUGUGGUGGGUCCUGGCCAUCACCAGCUGGAUCAGUGACCGGUGGCUUUGUUGGCUCUGGCAGGCCAUCAACUUCCCCUACUUCCACAGCUUCUGGCACGUGCUGAUAGCCCUGUCCCUGCUGUACUGCUGCCCUCUAGUCAUCUACUUCGAUGUCAACUACGAGAUGCCAUCCUUCAAGCCCAAGCUUGAAUACUGGCCCAGUGACUCAUGGCCUGUCGUGGUGCCCUAUGUCACCCUGGAGGAACCCCACAAGCAGUGCUAG